AUGGCUCGUGUUUUGCAUGAUAAUGUGUUUCCUGAGGUUGAAGUGACACAACCCGAAGGGCAAGUAAGGGCACGAACUAAACUAUCCCAACGGGGUGUGUCCUUCACCGUGGAGGAAGACAACCUCCUUGUAUCAGGGUGGCUCAAUAUUAGUAUAGACGCUAUUAGGGGGACAGAUCAAAAGUCCACCCAAUUGUGGAUAAGAAUCCAUGAUUACUUCAAUACUUAUAAAAAUGCUAAUUGGCCUGAACGUUCUGUGGGGUCGUUGACUAAUCGAUGGUCAACUAUCCAAAAAGCCACAAAUAAGUUUUGUGGUUUCUUAGCCCAAGUCGAGUCAAUGCAUCCAAGCGGUACCAAUGAACAAGACAAGAUUGACAAGGCAAAGGCAUUGUACCGAUCGACACAAAAAAGCAAUUACAAUUUGGAUCAUUGUUGGAACUUAUUGAGGCACCAACCAAAGUGGCAAGUGCAUAUGGAUAAUUUGCCAACAAAGAGAAAGACGGGUUGCCCUACUGUUCCAGCUACCAUUGCCAUAGAUGUUGAGGAAAAUGAGAGCAUGUCUACCAAUUUGGAGAGGCCGCUAGGCAAGAAAUCUGAAAAACAAAGGGAAAGGAAAAGGAAACAUGAAAAAUCUUGUAAUGGUCAAUUUGAUGAAAAGUUAAGUAACAUGGAAGCUGAUAGGAGGUUGAUGAUGAUUGAGCGACGGGAGACGGCAAUGAAGGCUGAAAAGGAUAGGGCUGAGAUAAUCUCACUUAAGAAGAAGAAGAUGGAGAUGGAAGUCAUGAUGUUGAAUGUUGAUAACAUGAAUGCAGUGCAGCGAGAAUACUUCAAGUCAAUUCAAAUUGAGAUCCUAGAGAAACAUAGGACUGAAUUGAAUGAAAUGCAGUAG